GUCUGUGUUUCGUUAGGCCGCGUGGACUGAAAGCAGGCUUGGCCCGAGGCGGUGGGCGGAGACCAAGAGGGAGGCCCCGGAAGACGGACUGCUCGGUGGAGGUUCCGAUGGCGGGCAUGACGCUCGGAAGGGCUUGGCAGCAGAUGUCUUGGUUCUAUUACCAGUAUCUGCUCGUCACCGCGCUCUACAUGCUGGAACCCUGGGAGAGGACCGUCUUCAAUUCCAUGUUGAUUUCCAUUGUUGGAAUGGCAUUAUACACUGGAUACAUCUUCAUGCCUCAACAUAUCUUGGCAAUAUUACACUACUUUGAAAUUGUACAGUGAACACAAUGUGCUCAAGAAGCAAUGGACCAGAGAUCCAUUGAAGGGAAGAAGCAACCUGUCUUGGUGAAAUGAGACUUCAGCAAAUUCCAGACAUAUGUUAUGAAUAUAAAGACUAAAUUUGGUAUUAGUAGGAUGAGAAAGCAAUCCCAACUCGUAUGUUGUAUUCAUUAUUUAAGUAUUCCUUUAUACAGUAGUUUUGUCUAUUUUGACAUUGUGGUGGUUUGUACUCAAAAUAUCAGUAUUUUCUUAACCGUUGGAACUGUUUCACUGUUGUUCUGUGAAAGCUUUUCUUAAUGUAACAUUGAGUAAAUUUUGAUUGCCUUCUAUUUUUUUAAUCUGAGAUCAUUAGUUAGGCCUCUUGCUUCAGCAGUUGUCUGGCACAAAAAUCUACCUGGAUAUAUUUAUAGUAUUCACCAAAAUUUUGUAGAAAUAAUAGCAAGAUGAAGGGGGAAUAUUUCAGUUGAGCCUAAGAGACUUCUUUGUAAGUUUAUACUCAGGAGUAGUUUCAGCUGUCUAGAGUGUGCAUUGUAAAACAUUUAUUUUGCUUUAGUGUUAUUAAAAAAACAAAGUAUUUCUCUCCUUAAUAGUGAAAGAGCAAAGAAGAUCCUUCUACAGUUUGAAUAAAGGAAUACCUAACUUUUUAAUAGCCCUA